AUGAUAACGGAAAACCGUACAAAUUCGCCUCCGAGUGCAUCCGAGCCAGUGCGAGACUUUAGUGCACCUGACAGUGAACCAAACGACCACACGACGGACUUCCCUUGCAUCGAAGAGCCUCAGCCUGACCCAGAAAAGGAGUUGCUGGAAAACAUCUCACCUACCAUUCCUGCUCCCUCGCCUCUGCCAGAGGACAGUCCGCACAAGUACGGCUUGCGAGACUCUGCAAAUACGCCCCCAGUGCCGCAUGCAACCCAAGACAUUCAGCUGCCGAAGGCAAGGCGCAAGAGUAGUGGUCUGGAGAUCUUCAAGGACGGCGAAGAUCGCAGAAGGGGGCAUAAUUUCAAAUCAUCGGGCUUCGCAUACACUCGACCUCUUACUCUGGCCCAGAUCAAGUGCUACCGCGGCCACGCCAAGUUGCUGCUCAGUAGAAAUAGGCACGCGCCUGUUGAAUGCGCCGUAUGCCACAUCGAUGACCAAGCCGAACACUUCAGCUGCAGUUGGUGCGCGCUGCGAAUGUGCAAGUAUUGCAGAAAUGACUUGGCAGAGCGCGGCAUCUGUGCUCUGAAGGAGAGGAUUAAGAUUGCCGAAAUGGGCAACAGAGUCGACUCUGUUCACGGUAGCUCGGAUGAGAGCUUACAGGACUUGGGGAAGGUCACGUCCAAAUCUACGUGA